AUGUGGUCGCAGUUGCUAGUCUCCGCUCUCGUGGGCGCAUUGAUGUCCAAAAACCACCACCUCGUCCUCGCAGCCGACAACUCAACAUCCGGCCCCGACGACCUAGCCCAUUGCCUCUGCUACAAAGCCACCUCGGACGGUAAAAUUAUCCCCGAAGAUGGCGCGACAGGAAGUCUCUGUCAACAGCUCCACGACGGAAUUCCCGAGCAGAAUUUCGCGGGAGAUCCUCUUUAUGAAACUUAUGUGAGCCAUCCUGGGACGGAGGCGGAGGAGGUGCAUUGUCGACACCCGAAUAUCAUGUCGGACGAUUUGAGGAGUUUGUUUAAAGACGGAUGCAAGCAGUUUAAUCGGCCUGACUAUCGUAUUGAUGGAGCGAAUUGUUGUCCUUUGUACGACCCGACCAAAAGUGAGGAUGAGAACAGCUGCAGCAAUGUGUGA